GUACAUACUGUACUGAGUGGAAUUUAUGAUAAUAUUUUUUAUUGUAAUUUAGCCAUUUUAAAGCCUCAAAGAUUAAAAAGCAAACGAGCGAAGACAACAGUGGGUUAUGGAAGUUAUGGAAGUAUGGAACAUACGAACGAGUGUGGCUCAGUCAGUAUUGUCACCUUUAAAUCUCAUGAAAUCGAUAUCACAGUAAUGUGACAAAGAUCUUACAUGUGAGGAUGUGCCACAUGGGCAUGUUAAAACAGAAACGGGCAGGAAACCACUCUGGGUGAAGAUGUUUUCUGUGUUGCCCCCCUCAACAUCAGUAGAUGUGGGGGGAGGAGGUGUUUCCGACUUGAAUACACCCACACAGGCGCAGCAGACAGAGGAGACGCUGUUGAAAUGUGAAGCAGAGAAGAGGAGACAACAACAGCCCAACGACAGGAGAGAGAUCUGCGUUUGAGUUUGAGAGUGCUGUUCAAACAAGAAGGAAAAAUGGGAAAACUUGUCUUUAUUCUCAUUUUUCUUCUCUGCAUAAGUGGCUCUCUUCAGAAGAAAGGGAAACCAAAAAGCUCCAAAGUGAAGAGAAACAGCUCUUCACAAGAGUUUCCCGUGCCCAGAACAUUUUUUGGGGAACCUGACGUUCAGCCAACCCACUUUGUCGCAAAUGGGACUCAGGCUCCGCUUUUAUCUCAUUCUCUUCCAGCAUUGAAGUCGCUCAGUAACAGCACAGCAGGUUACCUCAGCAGCCCCCUCAGCACUCGGGUCAUCCCCAUCAUUUACAUGUUGGCGGUUGCUGUCGGCGUCCCAGCCAAUGUCGCCAUCCUGUACACGCUGGCGUCUAAAAUCCGGAAGGUGUCCUCCGCCAUCCUGUACUGCAGUCUGGCUCUCUCUGACCUCUUCCUCCUCCUCUCCCUCCUCUUCAAGGCUCACUACCAUCUCCAUGGUAACCACUGGGAUCUUGGAGAGACGGCCUGUCGAGUGGUUACGGCCUGUUUCUAUGGCAACCUCUACUGCUCGGCACAGACGCUGGCCUGCAUCAGCAUCAAGCGCUACCUGGCUGUAGUGCACCCCUUCAAGUACAAGGCCCUCCCCAAGAGGAUGUGCACCGCCUGGGUCACGCUGGCCGUGUGGGCGGUGUUCGCAGCCGCCGUCGUCCCCGAGCUCCUCGUCCAGCAGAGUUACUGGCUCCCUGAGCUGGAGCGCAUCACCUGCCAUGACGUGCUCCCUCUGGGCAGAGACUCCCACAGCUUCCUGCUCUACUACAACCUCAUCCUGACCGUCCUUGGCCUCCUGGUGCCGCUGGUCACCUCUGUGGUGUGCUUCUGCAGAAUCAUCUGUGAGCUCAACCAGUCCCACCACGACUGGACCCUGUACAUCAAGGCCAGCUCACUGGUGUUCGGCAUCUUCCUGGUGUGCUUCACCCCUGCCGGAGUUCUGCACUUCCUCCAUUAUGUGAAACUGUUUGUGAACAGAACAGAGAACCUGUACAUGUACUUUAACGUGGCCGUGUGCUUGUGCUGCCUCCACGCGUGUCUGGACCCUUUCCUCUUUGUCUUGAUGUCCAAGUCUGUGGGGUCAACACGAUACUUGAGGGCCUUCAAAGGCAAGACUUUGAGCAUAUCUGUUUAAGAGACACAUGUUCCGCCCCUUCCCCCAAAGACUGGUGUUAUGGUGAUAUUUUGGAGCUGAUGUGGAGGUGAAUGCUCUCUGUGGCUGGAACCAGAGAGAGAAAGCAAAAAGACCUCUACUGCACCAAGAGAUGGACUUGGCCUUUGUUUCAAUCAUUAGGAUCAAUAGAUCUAAACAAUCAGGGUGUUUUCUUGACUGAGAAGCUAGCAGUUAGCAUGUUGCUACAUUUCCUUCAGUGCAAUUUAGUCUAUAUUGGUAAAUUACGCAAUAAGCUGUGUUUGGAUUGUCAGAAAUUGUCUUGGGAAUCAAAAUAUCUGAUAAUAACAGUUGCAUGGCACCCUUUUGUUGCAGUACCUUGUACAGUAGUUUGGUACCUGAACGGUGGAGUUAGACCACAUGUGUCAAACUGGUGAGGCCCGCCCACCACUGUGCAAGGUGAUGGAA